AUGUUAUCGAGGUUCUUCGUCUUCUUCCCCCUGGUGUUAUCCAUGGUGGGCUUUAUCCUGUCCAUGCUAUGUCUUUUCGCUGGACACAAGGAAGGGUUUAUGGAGGAUUACUCUGUCGCACGCCUCAACACUUCUAUGAUCGGCCAUAACUUGCUCGACACCAAUAGCAGCGCUUCCACCAACGAUAACAACGAAGACGAUGGCUUCUUUGAUAAGGUCACCGACAAGUGGAACGAGGUUAAGGACGAUGUCAAGGGAAAGAUCAACGAGAUCACCGGCGACGUUGCAGACAAGUUGGCAGACACCAUUGGUGUCUCGGAGUGGUACUCUAUUCAUAUCAUGGCCACCUGCGAUGGACAGUACAAGCCCAACGCUACAAACCCUGGCGCUGGCUACAACGUAACAAACUGCACCAACUCUGCACCAGAGAAACGAUUCAACCUCACCGAGGUGCUCGACAAGCAACUGUCCGUUGGCCCCUUUGAGCUAAGCCUCGCUGAUAUCGACUGGCCCGACGACAUCCAGGACUCCAUCGACCUUCUCAACAGCGCUCUCCUCGCGACAUUCAUCCUGUACGUCCUGGCGGUUGGUUUCUCCGGCCUGGCCAUGCUCGCCUGCAUCGGCGCCUUCUUCCUCUUCUCUCGCCGCGGCGUCAACGCCGUCAACCUCGUCCUCUCCAGCCUGGCAGCCCUCGUCCUGCUCGUCUCCAGCAUCCUCGUCACCAUCGCGGGCAAGAAGGGCGUCAACAAGAUCAACGACAUCGGAGACAACGUUGGCGUCUCUGCGUCUCUGGGUAACAAGUUCCUUGCUUUGACGUGGGCUGCUGCUGCUGUUAUGAUUGCCGCCGCCGUCUACUGGUUUGUGCACUUGUGUCUCAUGCGCCGUGAGAGAAAGAGGCAGUGGAAGCCUCGCAAGGGCAGCUACUAG